AUGGAAGAUCAAGACAAAUGGCACAAUCUGAGGCAUGACAAAGAUGCAGCGUGCUGGCCGCGCCCGCGAAGCCAUUCUACUCUAAAAUACGACCGUUUCGUGCCGUACGGUGACAUGGCGGCGGCUGCUGUAAGAAGGCCGAAUAAUAAUAAUAAUAAUAAAUCUUCCAUUUUGACACAACUAUGGAGGAAGUUGAAGAGAGAAAAUAAUAAGAGAGUGUUCCGUUGUUCGAAAUCGACGAGGUUCACUUACGACGAGCAUUCUUACUCGCAGAAUUUCGAUCCGGGCUUCCUUUGUGCCGACCCGGAUGACCUGUCACGUUCGUUUUCGGCCCGGUUCGCAGUAUCCUCGAGAAUCUUCGAGAAACCGAGAUUGAUGGUGUGA